GCUCCUCUCCCAGCUCACAGCACCAUGAAGGUCCUGGCAGCCACCCUGGUCACUCUGCUCCUCCUGGCCACCUGCUCGCCAUCUGAGGGUCACCUCGAUGGCGUCCCCAGCGCCUGCUGCUUCAGCUACCAGAAGCAGCCCAUCCCUCGGCGCCGUGUCAGCUCCGUCUUCGAAACCAGCAGCUCCUGCACCCAGCCGGGCGUGAUUGUGAUCACCAGGAAGGAGAAGCAGGUGUGUGCAGAUCCACGGGCACCAUGGGUGCAGGAGCUCCUGAAGCACUUCCAGAUCCUGAGACACUGAGCCUCCCCUGCUGACAGCCACAACCCAACCCCUGCACAGCUUCCAGGGCACAACAGAGAGGAUUUGACCCCCCCACCUUCUUCAACGAGAAAAAUUAUUUUAUUUAACUUAUUUAAGUUAAACUAAAUAUUCUUUUUCUAAGCACAACAAUUAUUUAAACUAUGUCAGAAUAAUACACUAAAAUAAAGAUAAUU